AUGCCUCCUCAGCAUGUCACUUGUCCCAUAAAGUUCAAUUUUCUUGGGUGGCAAAAGCUUAAGGAAGAAAAAGAUGCUAAACGGGCUCAUCUUGAUAGCAGGCAUGAGUAUCUUUUUGACAUUUUAGCCUGCUGUGUGGACUUGGAAAAGGCAGAGGUGGAAGAUGCCAUUCUGGAGGGGAAUCAGAUUGAACGAAUCGAUCAGUUUUUUACUGUUGGAGGUUUCCGUCACCUCAUGUUUUACUAUCAAGAUGUGGAAACAGCAGAAACAGGACAAGUUGGCACUCCAGGAGGGGCAAAUCUUCUUGCUGGAAGGGUUAAAAAACCUAAAGUAUUUGUGACUGAAGGUAAAGAUGUUGCUCUCACUGGCUUAUGUAUAUUCUUCAUCAGAUCUGCCACUUCCAAAGCCAUAACUCCUGAGAACAUACAUGAGGAAGUUUGUUUCAAUAUGUUAGAUGCUACCAAUGGGGGCCUUCUAAAAAGUGUGGAACGCUUGUUGUCAGAAAUCUUCAUUCCAUCCAUCAAGGCAAUGAACAGUGGCUGGGGUGAGCUAGAUGGUCUCCAAAAAGCAUCUGACAUUCGAAAGGACUUUCUUCAUUCUCUAGAGGGCUUUGUGAGUGUUCUGUCUAGUGCUCAGGAGAGCUUGAAAGAGAAGGUGAACCUUCAAAAGUGUGAAAUAUUUGACUUGAAUACUUUGAAACUCCCUAUGGACUACGUAGCUAUAGCUAACAACAGUGAAACUUUGGAAAAAAUAGAAAGCUGUAUGAAAGUGUGGAUCAAACAAACAGAACAGGUUCUUGCUGAAAACAAUCAGCUACGGACAGAGGCAGAUGAUCUUGGGCCAAGAGCAGAAUUGGAUUACUGGAAGAAACGACUUUGCAAAUUUAACUACCUUGUGGAUCAGCUGAAAGGCCCAGAUGUUAAGGCAGUGUUGGGAGUGCUUGCUGCUGCAAAAUCAAAACUUUUGAAGACUUGGCGGGAGUUGGAUGCUCAUAUUACUGAUGCAGCUAAUGAAGCCAAGGACAAUGUUAAAUUUUUGUACACACUUGAAAAAUGCUGUGACCCCUUAUACAAUGGUGACCCUGUAUCCAUAAUUGAUACAAUUCCUAUAAUGAUCAAUGCAAUUAAAAUGAUCUACAGUAUAUCUUGUUAUUACAAUACCUCUGAAAGAAUAACUUCUUUAUUUGUAAAGGUUACAAAUCAGAUGAUAACUGCAUGUAAACUUUAUAUUACCAACAAUGGAACUGCUACCAUCUGGGACCAGCCUCAGGAUGUAGUUGUGGAAAAAAUAUUAUCUGCUAUUCAACUCAAACAGGAAUAUCAGAACUGUUUUCAAAAGAAAAAGCAAAAGCUUGAACAAAAUCCAAAUGAAAAGCAAUUUGAAUUCAGUGAGAUGUAUAUUUUCGGAAAAUUUGAGACUUUUCAUCGACGUCUUGCUAAGAUCAUGGACCUUUUUUCUACUAUUACAAGAUACUCAGUUCUUGAGGAGUCUAAAAUUGAAGGACUAGAAAUUUUGGCAACAAAAUUUCAGAGCAUCAUUGCUACUAUAAAGAAAAAGGAGUAUAAUUUCCUAGACCAUCGGAAAACUGAUUUUGAUCAGGAUUAUGAAGAGUUCUGCAAGGAGACUAAUGACCUUCAUAAUCAGUUACAGGUAUUCAUGGAUAUCACAUUUGAAAAUAUUCAAAACACAGAGCAAGGACUAAUGAUGUUGAAGAAAUUUGAAAGGUUGAACAUACCUAACCUUGGAAUUGAUGAAAAAUAUCAGGUGCUUCUUGAAAAUUAUGGAGCUGACAUUGAGAUGAUCUCCAAACUGUACACUAAACAGAAAAAUGACCCUCCUUUGGCUCGGGACCAGCCUCCUAUUGCUGGGAAGAUCCUGUGGGCCCGGCACCUCUUUCGUAGAAUUCAGCAACCGAUGCAAAUUUUUCAGCAGCAUCCAAAUGUGCUUAUGUUGGCAAAAGCCAAGCACAUAGUCAGAAAAUACAACAAGAUGGCAAAAAUCCUCUUGGAAUUUGAGAUUCUCUACCACAGGGCUUGGCUUCAACAAACUGAAUUAACUAAAAUUGGACUUGGGGCUUCUUUAUUGGUAAAAGCUCCAGAAACAGGAGAAUUACUUGUCAAUUUUGAUUUUGAAAUAUUAAUAUUAUUUCGAGAAACUGCAUGCAUGUCACAGAUGGGUCUUGAAAUCCCAGCAUUUGCAAGUGCUUUAUUCCAGAAACGGGAAAGUUACAAGAAGCUUUUCAAUCAAAUGAAGAUGAUGCUGGCAGAAUAUAAAAGAGUGAAAGCAAAAAUCCAACCUGCCAUUGAACAGUUGAUGGUUCCUCAUUUGGCUAAAGUAGAAGAAGCUAUCCAGCCUGGCUUAAUCUCACUGAACUGGACAUCAAUGAACAUUGAAGGAUAUUUAGAAAAUGUUUUUAGAGUGCUCAGUGAGGUGGAACUACUGCUUGAUCGGGUCAAUGACCUGAUAGAGUAUCGUAUUGAUGCUGUUUUAGAAGAAAUGAGCCAUGUGCCACUUUGCAAACUCCCUGAGGAUAAGCCACUUACCUGUGAAGAGUUUCUCCAAAUGACAAAGGAUCUCUGCGUUAAUAGUGCUCAGAUAUUACAUUUAAAGAGUUCAUUAGUGGAGGAAGCAGCCAAUGAGCUAAUAAAUAUGUUGCUAGAUUGGGAAGUGCAAACUAGAGAAGAAAAUGUUUCAAAUGUCAAAGAAGUUGAUUCAAGAAGUGAAAACACAGCAGGUGAAGAGCAGGGAAAAUCAGAAAGUCUGCCAUCUCUUAAUGCCAGUCAGACUGGAGUUGGGCUCCCUUCUGCAAUACUCAGGAAAAAGAAGAAAGAGAAUGAGAUCUUAGAGGAAGAAGCUUGUGAAUUGCUUUCUCAUUUCAACCACCAAAACAUUGAUGCUCUUCUGAAGGUUACUAAGAAUGCCUUAGAGACAAUUCGUAAACGGACUUAUUCAUCCAACACUAUUAACUUCAGAGACAGUGACCACCCAUCUAAGCCAAAGCAGAUCAGCCUUCCACUUUUUAGAGCAAACAUCAUCUUGUCAAUCCCAAACAUCUCGAUGGCUCCAGUUCUGGAUGACGUGCAGCAGACUCUUAAUAGAGCAGUGGAGUGUAUUGUCAGUGUCAUGAAGGGUGUAGGCCAGUGGAGUAAAGAACGAUUAUCCACAAAAAAGCUACUUGAAAGAAAAAUUGUCACAUUGAGAAACAACAACAAAGAAAGUGAUUCAGAAGAUGACAUAAUAGAGGCCGGAACUCAAGAUACCUUUGAGAUGGCAUCUGUCAACUUACCAGUUCCUGUGCAAAGUAAGAACUAUUAUAAAAGUGUCUCUGACAAUAAAGAGAUUAUGAAAUUGGUUUCUCUGCUUAGCACAAUCAUCAACUCUACCAAAAAGGAAGUUAUUUCAUCAUUACAUUGUUUCAAAUGUUACCAUCACAUAUGGCAAAAGGAGAAAGAAGACACUAUUAUGGAAUUUUUAAGCAACAAGCCCUCACUUUCGGAAUUUGAAUCUCAGAUCCUCUAUUUCCGAGACUUAGAGCAGAAAAUUAAUGCUGAGCCUGAAUACAUCUGUGUAGGAGCCAUUGCAUUAUACACAGCUGACCUAAAGAUGGCAUUGACUGUAGAAACCAAGGCGUGGAUGGUUAAAAUCGGCCAUCAUUGUAACAAGAAAUACAAAACUGAAAUGGAAAAUGUUUUUACUUUGGUUGAAGAGCUCAAUAAAAAAUUAAAUCGUCAAAUUAAAGACUUGGAUGACAUCAGGAUAGCAAUGGCUGCACUUAAAGAAAUCAGAGAACAGCAAAUUUCCAUAGAUUUUCAAGUUGGCCCUAUUGAGGAAUCCUAUGCUCUACUGAACAAAUAUGGACUCUUGGUGGCAAAGGAGGAAACUGAAAAAGUUGAUACUUUACGUUAUACCUGGGAGAAGAUUUUGGCCAGAGCAAGUGAAGUUCAGCAUGAAUUAUUCACAUUGCAGCCAAAUUUCAGAAGAGAACUUAUUAGUACUGUAGAAACCUUUGUUGAAGAUUGUAAUCAAUUCUAUUCAGAUUAUGACAUGAAUGGUCCCAUGGCUGCUGGUCUAGAACCCCAAGAAGCCAGUGAUAGACUUAUUAUAUUCCAGACACGAUUUGACAAUAUAUUUCGCAAAUAUGUCACUUACACGGGUGGAGAAGAGCUUUUUGGGUUGCCUGUGACUCAGUAUCCUCAGCUCCUUGAGAUAAAGAAGCAGCUUAAUCUUCUCCAGAAAAUCUACAGCUUAUACAACAGCGUCAUUAACACUGUCAAUGGAUAUCAUGACAUGCUUUGGUCAGAAGUGAAUACUGAAAAAAUAAACAAUGAACUCCUAGAAUUCCAGAACAGAUGUCGGAAACUUCCACGUGCUUUGAAAGACUGGCAAGCUUUCCUGGACCUAAAGAAGACCAUUGAUGAUUUCAAUGAGUGUUGUCCACUGUUGGAACACAUGUCAAAUAGAGCCAUGAUGGACAGACAUUGGAAAAGGAUUGCAGAACUCACUGGCCAUAGUUUUGAUGUUGAGAAUGAGACCUUUAAAUUGAGGAACAUCAUGGAUGCACCUCUUCUUAAAUACAAAGAAGAAAUAGAGGACAUUUGUAUAAGUGCAGUGAAGGAGAAGGACAUUGAACAAAAACUGAAACAAAUAAUUACUGAAUGGGACAACAAAACCUUUACAUUUGCCAGUUUUAAAACCCGUGGUGAACUACUCUUAAGAGGAGAUAGCACAGCAGAAAUUAUAGCUAGCAUGGAAGACAGCUUGAUGAUGCUGGGCUCCUUAAUGAGUAACAGGUAUAACACUCCAUUCAAGGCACAAAUUCAAAAAUGGGUACAGUACCUUUCCAACACAACUGACAUCAUAGAAAACUGGAUGACUGUGCAGAACCUGUGGAUCUAUUUAGAAGCUGUCUUUGUGGGAGGAGACAUCGCCAAACAACUGCCUAAGGAAGCCAAGUGUUUUUCCAAUAUAGAUAAAUCUUGGGUGAAGAUCAUGAUACGGGCACGUGAUAUGCCAAAUGUAGUACAAUGCUGUGUUGGAGAUGAGACCAUGGGGCAGUUAUUGCCACACUUAUUAGAUCAACUGGAAAUCUGUCAGAAAUCACUUACUGGCUACUUGGAGAAAAAACGACUUUCUUUUCCUCGGUUCUUUUUUGUCUCUGAUCCUGCCCUUUUGGAGAUUCUUGGUCAAGCAUCAGACUCUCACACUAUACAGGCUCAUUUGCUGAAUGUAUUUGACAACAUAAAAUCUGUCAAAUUUCAUGAAAAGAUCUAUGAUCGUAUUGUGUCAAUUUCCUCGCGUGAGGGUGAGAUGAUUGAAUUGGAUAAACCUGUGAUGGCAGAGGGCAAUGUGGAAGUUUGGCUUAAUUCUCUCUUGCAAGAAUCUCAGUCUUCAUUACAUCUUGUGAUUCGCCAGGCAUCCACAAAUAUUCAGGAACCCGGUUUCCAACUGAUUGAAUUUCUUUCCUCCUUCCCUGCACAGGUUGGAUUGUUAGGAAUUCAGUUGAUAUGGACAAGAGAUUCAGAAGAAGCUCUCACCAAUGCCAAGUUUGAUAAAAAAGUCAUGCAGAAAACAAAUCAAUCUUUCCUAGAACUAUUGAAUACACUGAUAGACAUGACCACGAAGGAUUUAACUUCUGUGGAACGUGUGAAAUAUGAGACUUUGAUUACUAUUCAUGUCCACCAAAGGGAUAUCUUUGAUGAGCUGUGUCAUAUGCAUAUCAAGAAUCCUACCGAUUUCGAGUGGCUGAAACAGUGCAGGUUUUAUUUUAAUGAAGACGCUGACAAGAUGAUGAUUCAUAUCACAGAUGUCGCUUUUAUAUACCAGAAUGAAUUUUUAGGCUGCACUGACAGACUUGUCAUAACUCCUCUCACAGAUAGGUGCUAUAUUACCUUGGCUCAGGCUUUAGGGAUGAACAUGGGUGGAGCACCUGCUGGCCCUGCAGGGACUGGAAAAACAGAAACUACAAAAGACAUGGGAAGAUGCCUUGGGAAAUAUGUGGUGGUUUUCAACUGCUCAGACCAGAUGGAUUUUCGAGGACUUGGAAGAAUUUUUAAAGGGUUGGCACAGUCAGGGUCCUGGGGCUGCUUUGAUGAAUUUAACCGUAUUGAUCUACCAGUAUUAUCCGUUGCUGCACAGCAGAUUUCCAUUAUUUUGACAUGUAAGAAGGAGCGUAAAAAGAGUUUUAUUUUUACUGAUGGAGACACCAUACAGAUGAAUCCGGAAUUUGGACUUUUUCUAACCAUGAAUCCUGGCUAUGCUGGUCGGCAGGAGCUACCAGAAAAUUUAAAGAUUAAUUUCCGUUCAGUGGCUAUGAUGGUUCCCGAUCGCCAAAUUAUAAUCCGAGUGAAGCUGGCUAGCUGUGGUUUUAUUGAUAACAUUGUCUUGGCAAGAAAGUUUUUCACGUUGUAUAAACUAUGUGAGGAGCAGCUCUCUAAGCAGGUGCAUUAUGACUUUGGACUCCGUAACAUUUUAUCGGUACUCAGGACUUUGGGAGCAGCAAAAAGAGCCAAUCCUACUGAUACAGAAUCCACCAUUGUCAUGCGUGUGCUAAGAGAUAUGAAUCUGUCUAAACUGAUUGAUGAGGAUGAACCUUUAUUUCUGAGUCUGAUUGAAGACCUUUUCCCAAACAUACAGUUAGAUAAGGCAGGUUAUCCUGAACUAGAAGCAGCAAUUGACAGAAAGGUUGAAGAAGCUGGUUUAAUUAAUCAUCCUCCUUGGAAACUGAAAGUUAUCCAACUGUUUGAAACACAGCGGGUGAGGCAUGGAAUGAUGACCUUAGGACCUAGUGGAGCAGGGAAAACGACCUGCAUCUAUACCUUAAUGAAAUCCAUGACAGACUGUGGAAAGCCUCACCGUGAAAUGAGGAUGAAUCCCAAAGCUAUCACAGCGUCUCAGAUGUUUGGUCGUCUUGAUGUAGCAACAAAUGACUGGACAGAUGGGAUUUUCUCCACGCUUUGGAGAAAAACUUUGAGAGCAAAGAAAGGAGAACACAUAUGGAUCGUUCUUGAUGGUCCAGUUGAUGCAAUCUGGAUUGAGAACUUGAAUUCAGUUUUGGAUGAUAAUAAAACUUUAACACUUGCAAAUGGUGAUCGUAUCCCUAUGGCUCCAAACUGCAAAAUAGUUUUUGAGCCUCAUAACAUUGACAAUGCUUCUCCUGCUACAGUGUCAAGGAAUGGUAUGGUGUUCAUGAGUUCUUCUGUCCUUAACUGGAGUCCUAUUCUUGAGGGUUUUUUGAAGAAGCGCUCUCCCCAAGAAGCUAUAAUCCUCCGCCAAUUGUACACUGAGUCUUUCUCUGACCUGUAUCGCUUCAGUAUCCAGAACUUGGAAUUCAAGAUGGAGAUGCUUGAAGCAUUUGUGAUCAUGCAGAGUAUUAAUAUGUUACAGGGUCUCAUCCCUUCUAAGGAACAGGGAGGGGAGAUCACAUCAGAACAUUUGGAGAGAUUGUAUGUUUUCUCUCUGAUGUGGAGUGUUGGAGCCUUAUUGGAAUUGGAGGACCGUUCUAAAAUGGAGAACUGGCUUCGUUCUCAUGAAAAACUGAAACUAGAUUUGCCACAUUUAUCUGGGAAUGAAGACACCAUGUUUGAUUACUAUGUAACUACUGAUGGCAAAUGGAUGCACUGGAACACAUGUGUGGAAGAAUAUAUUUAUCCUUCUGACUUUACUCCAGAGUAUGGCUCCAUUUUGGUUCCAAAUGUAGACAAUGUCAGAACUGACUUCCUAAUUAAAACUGUUGCUAAACAGGGCAAGGCUGUGUUGCUAAUUGGUGAGCAAGGAACAGCUAAAACUGUCAUUAUAAAAGGAUUUAUGUCAAAAUAUAAUCCUGAGAACCAUGUGGUCAAAAGUUUGAACUUUUCUUCAGCAACUACUCCCUUGAUGUUUCAGCGGACAAUAGAAAGCUAUGUUGACAAACGCAUGGGUUCAACAUAUGGCCCUCCGGCAGGAAAGAAGAUGACUGUAUUUAUUGAUGAUGUGAAUAUGCCUGUAAUCAAUGAGUGGGGAGAUCAGGUUACCAAUGAGAUCGUUCGGCAGCUGAUGGAACAAAGUGGAUUCUACAACCUUGAAAAACCUGGGGAGUUUACAAGCAUUGUGGAUAUCCAAUUUUUAGCAGCCAUGAUCCAUCCUGGAGGAGGACGCAAUGACAUACCCCAGAGACUCAAGAGGCAGUUUUCUAUAUUUAAUUGUACUCUACCAUCAAAUGCUUCAAUUGACAAGAUCUUUGGAGUCAUUGGAGCAGGGCACUACUGUACCCAAAGGAAUUUUUCAGAAGAAGUGAAAGAUUCUGUGGUCAAGUUGGUGCCACUGACUCGUAGAUUAUGGCAGAUGACCAAGAUGAAAAUGCUCCCUACUCCUGCCAAAUUCCAUUAUGUAUUUAAUCUUCGAGAUCUUUCUAGGAUCUGGAAGGGAAUGUUGAAUACUACUUCUGAAGUUAUCACAGAAAUGGAUGUAUUGAUUAAGUUGUGGAAACAUGAAUGUAAACGUGUUAUUGCUGAUCGGUUCACAGUAUCAGAGGAUGUAGAUUGGUUUGAUUUAACUUUAGCAAAUUUGGUGGAAGAGGAGUUUGGUGAAGAAAAGAAGCUCUUGGUGGAUUAUGGAAUUGAUUCUUACUUUGUUGAUUUCUUAAGAGAUGCACCUGAAGCUACAGGUGAAGACUCAGAAGAAACUGAUGUCGACAUGCCCAAAAUUUAUGAGCCAGUUGAAUCUUUUAAUCACCUGAGAGAUCGCUUAAAUAUGUUUCUACAAAUAUACAAUGAAAGCAUCCGUGGAGUUGGCAUGGACAUGGUGUUUUUUGCAGAUGCCAUGAUUCAUUUAGUUAAGAUUUCUCGUGUCCUUCGUACUCCUCGUGGAAAUGCUCUUCUGGUGGGUGUAGGUGGAUCAGGAAAACAAAGUCUGACUCGACUGGCAUCAUUCAUUGCUGGCUUUGAUUCCUUCCAGAUUACCCUAACAAGAUCUUAUAGUACAUCAAACCUGAUGGAUGACCUGAAGCUUUUAUAUAGGACAGCAGGUCAGCAAGGCAAAGGAAUCACCUUUAUUUUCACUGACAAUGAGAUUAAAGAUGAGUCAUUUUUGGAAUACAUGAAUAAUGUUUUAUCAUCUGGUGAGGUCUCUAAUCUAUUUGCUCGUGAUGAAAUUGAUGAAAUUAAUAGUGAUCUUAUAUCAGCCAUGAAAAAAGAAUACCCGAGAAGACCUCCAUCUAAUGAGAAUUUAUAUGACUACUUCAUGAGCAGAGUCCGACAGAACCUCCAUAUUGUACUUUGUUUUUCUCCAGUUGGUGAAAAAUUCCGAAAUCGAGCUUUGAAGUUCCCUGCACUUAUUUCAGGCUGUACUACAGACUGGUUUAGUCGAUGGCCUAAAGAUGCUUUGGUUGCUGUAUCAGAACACUUUCUCUCUUCCUUUGAUGUUGACUGCACCUUUGAAAUCAAAAGAGAGAUUGUCCAGUGCAUGGGAUCCUUUCAAGAUGGAGUGGCUGAAAAAUGUGUUGAAUAUUUCCAAAGAUAUCGACGCUCUACCCAUGUAACCCCUAAAUCAUACCUCUCCUUUAUUCAGGGGUAUAAGAGCAUUUAUAGAGAAAAGCAUGCUGAAGUACAAACUUUGGCCAAUAGAAUGAAUACUGGAUUAGAAAAACUGAAAGAAGCUUCUGAGUCAGUCGCAGCCCUUAGCAGGGAGCUGGAAGUGAAAGAAAAAGAGCUACAGGUUGCUAAUGAUAAAGCUGAUAAAGUCCUGAAAGAAGUGACUGUGAAAGCUCAGGCUGCUGAGAAGGUCAAAGCUGAGGUCCAGAAGGUGAAGGACAAAGCCCAGGCGAUUGUUGACAGCAUUUCAGCUGACAAAGCUAUCGCUGAAGAGAAGUUAGAGGCAGCAAAACCUGCCUUAGAAGAAGCAGAAGCAGCUUUACUGACAAUCAAGCCUUCUGAUAUUGCCACUGUCCGCACCUUAGGCCGACCCCCUCAUCUCAUCAUGCGCAUCAUGGAUUGUGUGUUGCUGCUAUUUCAAAGGAAAGUCAAUACAGUGAAGAUUGACCUGGAGAAAAGUUGUGUGAUCCCUUCUUGGCAAGAGUCCUUAAAACUGAUGACUGCAGGAAACUUUUUACAAAACUUACAGCAAUUCCCUAAAGACACAAUCAAUGAAGAAGUGGUGGAAUUUUUGAAUCCUUACUUUGAAAUGUCAGAUUACAAUAUUGAAACUGCAAAAAGGGUGUGUGGCAAUGUGGCUGGUCUCUGCUCAUGGACUAAAGCUAUGGUCUCCUUUUUUUCUACAAAUAAGGAGGUGCUACCCUUGAAGGCUAAUUUGGUGGUACAAGAGAACCGUUAUGUCACCGCUAUGCAAGAUCUGCAGAAAGCUCAGGCUGAGCUAGACGACAAGCAAGCCGAAUUGGAUGUUGUAAAGGGAGAGUAUGAAAAGGCCAUGACAGAAAAACAGACACUGCUUGAAGAUGCAGAACGCUGCAGACAUAAAAUGCAGACAGCUUCCACAUUGAUAAGUGGAUUGGCAGGUGAAAAAGAAAGAUGGACACAGCAGAGUAAAGAAUUUGCUGCACAAACCAAAAGGCUUGUGGGGGAUGUAUUACUAGCUACAGCUUUUCUGUCUUAUUCUGGUCCAUUUAACCAAGAAUUCCGCAAUCUGUUGUUAAAUGAUUGGCAAAGGGAAAUGAAAAACCGGAAAAUUCCAUUUGGCAACAAUCUAAACCUCAAUGAGAUGUUGAUUGAUGCUCCAACCAUUAGUGAGUGGAAUCUCCAAGGACUGCCAAAUGAUGACCUAUCCAUACAGAAUGGAAUUAUUGUCACAAAAGCAUCUCGUUAUCCUUUGUUAAUUGAUCCACAGACUCAAGGCAAGAUUUGGAUUAAAAACAAAGAAAGCAAAAAUGAACUCCAGAUUACAUCUCUGAAUCACAAGUACUUCCGAAAUCAUCUGGAAGAUAGCCUUUCUCUUGGGAGGCCACUGUUGAUUGAAGAUAUUGGGGAGGAGCUAGACCCAGCACUCGAUAAUGUUUUAGAAAGAAAUUUUAUUAAAACUGGCUCAACAUUUAAGGUAAAAGUUGGUGACAAAGAAGUGGAUGUUAUGGACAGUUUCAGGCUAUAUAUCACUACAAAACUGCCUAAUCCAGCCUACACACCUGAAAUCAGUGCUCGAACUUCCAUCAUUGAUUUUACUGUCACCAUGAAAGGCCUGGAAGAUCAGUUACUUGGAAGAGUCAUUCUUACAGAGAAACAAGAACUGGAAAAGGAAAGAACUAAUCUCAUGGAAGAUGUAACAGCAAACAAAAGAAAGAUGAAAGAGCUGGAGGACAAUUUGCUUUAUCGUCUGACAAGUACAAAAGGGUCAUUGGUGGAAGAUGAGAGUCUCAUUAUUGUGCUGAGUAAUACUAAAAAGACUGCAGAAGAAGUGACACAGAAGCUUGAGAUUUCUGCUGAGACAGAAAUACAGAUUAACACAGCCCGGGAGGAAUAUAGGCCUGUGGCCACAAGGGGAAGCAUACUCUAUUUCCUCAUCACAGAGAUGAGUGUGGUUAAUGUGAUGUAUCAGACUUCACUACGGCAGUUUCUGGGGUUAUUUGACCUUUCCUUGGCCAGGUCUGUCAAGAGUCCAAUUACAAGCAAGAGAAUUGCUAAUAUUAUUGAACACAUGACCUAUGAGGUUUAUAAAUAUGCCGCUCGAGGAUUGUAUGAGGAGCACAAGUUCUUGUUCACCUUGCUGCUUACUCUGAAGAUUGAUAUACAGAGAAAUAGAAUAAAACAUGAAGAGUUUCUCACCCUUAUUAAAGGUGGUGCUUCAUUGGAUCUUAAAGCCUGUCCCCCUAAACCAUCUAAAUGGAUCCUGGAUAUGACAUGGUUAAAUUUGGUGGAACUUAGUAAACUUAGACAGUUUUCAGACAUCCUUGAUCAAAUUUCAAGGAAUGAGAAAAUGUGGAAAAUUUGGUUUGAUAAGGAAAAUCCUGAGGAGGAACCUGCUCCAAAUGCCUAUGAUCAAUCUCUUGACUGCUUUCGACGUCUCCUACUUAUUAGGUCUUGGUGCCCUGAUAGAACCAUUGCACAGGCCCGUAAAUAUGUCAUGGAUACUAUGGGAGAAAAAUAUGCAGAAGGCUUUGUCUUAGAUCUGGAGAAGACAUGGGAAGAAUCAGAUCCACGGACUCCACUAAUCUGUUUUCUUUCUAUGGGCUCUGAUCCUACUGACUCCAUCAUUGCAUUGGGAAAAAGGUUGAAAAUAGAAACACGCUAUGUUUCUAUGGGUCAGGGGCAAGAAGUUCAUGCUCGAAAGCUUUUACAACAGACCAUGGCAAAUGGAGGAUGGGUACUCUUGCAGAACUGCCAUCUGGGACUGGAUUUCUUGGAUGAGCUGAUGGACAUAAUAAUAGAAACUGAAAUUGUACAUGAUGCCUUCCGCCUCUGGAUGACCACUGAGGUUCACAAACAGUUUCCCAUUACCCUCCUUCAAAUGUCUAUUAAAUUUGCCAAUGAACCUCCGCAGGGACUCCGGGCGGGUCUGAAAAGAACCUAUGGAGGUGUUAGCCAAGAUCUCCUGGAUGUCAGUAAUAUGGCUCAGUGGAAACCGAUGCUAUAUGCCGUGGCUUUCCUGCAUUCUACAGUCCAAGAAAGACGCAAGUUUGGCCCACUGGGGUGGAACAUCCCCUAUGAAUUCAAUCAGGCUGACUUUAAUGCCACUGUGCAGUUCAUCCAAAAUCAUUUAGAUGACAUGGAUAUCAAAAAGGGUGUCUCCUGGAGCACUGUGCGCUACAUGAUAGGUGAAAUUCAAUAUGGUGGCAGAGUCACAGAUGACUAUGAUAAGAGAUUGCUGAAUACAUUUGCUAAGGUUUGGUUUAGCGAAAAUAUGUUUACUCCAGAUUUCUGCUUUUACAAAGGAUACAAUAUACCCAGAUGCAACACAGUGGAGAAUUAUCUUCAAUAUGUCCAGAGUUUGCCAACUUAUGACACUCCUGAGGUGUUUGGAUUGCACCCCAAUGCUGACAUAACUUACCAAAGCAAACUAGCUAAGGAUGACCUAGAUACUAUCCUCAGCAUCCAGCCUAAAGAUAGCUCCAGUGGAGGAGAUGAGACCAGAGAGGCUGUAGUGGCCAGACUUGCUGAUGAUAUGUUGGAGAAACUUCCUCCUGAUUACAUCCCAUUUGAAGUAAAAGAUAGGUUGCAAAAGAUGGGCCCAUUCCAACCCAUGAACAUCUUCCUCAGGCAGGAGAUAGACCGAAUGCAACGGGUAAUCAGCUUGGUUCGAAGCACCUUAACUGAGCUGAAACUUGCAAUAGAUGGCACCAUCAUCAUGAGUGAAAAUCUGAGGGAUGCUUUGGAUUGCAUGUAUGAUGCAAGGAUCCCUGCUCGUUGGAGAAAAGCAUCUUGGGUUUCAAGUACACUGGGUUUCUGGUUUACAGAACUCUUAGAAAGAAAUCGCCAAUUUAAUUCUUGGCUUUUUGAUGGUCGCCCAAACUGCUUUUGGAUGACAGGCUUUUUUAACCCUCAAGGAUUUCUAACAGCAAUGAGACAGGAAAUAACUCGAGCCAACAAAGGAUGGGCAUUGGACAGUAUGGUACUUUGCAAUGAAGUCACAAAAUGGAUGAAAGAUGAUAUUUCUGCACCUCCAACUGAGGGUGUCUAUGUCUAUGGGCUCUACCUCGAAGGAGCUGGAUGGGAUAAAAGGAAUGUGAAACUUACUGAGUCAAAACCAAAGGUGCUCUUCGAAUUGAUGCCCAUCAUAAGGAUAUAUGCAGAAAACAAUAGUACAAGAGAUCCGCGCAUGUAUACAUGUCCAAUUUAUAAGAAGCCAAUCCGAACGGACUUGAACUACAUUGCCGCAGUGGACCUUAGAACUGUCCAACCCCCAGAGCACUGGAUACUUCGUGGGGUGGCCCUCCUUUGUGAUGUUAAAUAA